AGGAGGAGGAGGAGGAGGAGGAAGGCGGCAGCUCCGCCCCGGCGGUGGGGGGCCGGGCUGCUCUCCGCCGCGCCGGUGGGGACGGUGGCAGCCGGCGGCGGGGGCUGCCUCGGCCGCCUGCGGGGAAGCAGUGCUGCCCCGCUGCGCCCUCCCGCUCCGCCGCGCACUGUUGUCAUGGAGGAGCCAAGAUGGCGGGCCUGGCCUACACCCUGGGCAAGCGGGAGAUCAACUACUACUUCAGCGUGAGGAGCGCCAAGGCGCUGGCGCUGGGCGCCGUCCUGCUGCUCGCCGCCUGCCACGCCGCCUCCCGCCGCUACCGAGGUGAUGAUACGUGUGAGUAUCUUCUGUCCAGUGGGAGAUUUCUCGGAGAAAAAGUGUGGCAGCCUCAUAGUUGUAUGAUGCACAAGUAUAAAAACAGUGAAGCAAAAAAUUGCCUCAUAGACAAACAUAUUGUGUUUUUAGGAGAUUCUAGAAUUCGACAGCUGUUCUAUUCAUUUAUAAAAAUCAUAAAUCCUCAAGUCAAGGAAGAAGGAAAUAAGCAUGGAAAUAUCCCUUUUGAAGAUAAAUCUGCUUCAAUUAAAGUGGAUUUCCUGUGGUACCCAGAAGUUAAUGGCUCUAUGAGGCAGCGUAUCAAAUCUUGGACUGAGGGUUCUGUGGCAAAACCUCAUAUAAUUGUAGCAGGAGCUGCCACGUGGUCUAUCAAGAUUCACAAUGGCAGCAAUGAAGCCCUCACACAGUAUAAAAUCAAUAUCACUUCAGUUGCACCUCUUUUGGAAAAAUUAGCAAAAACUAGUGAUGUUUACUGGAUCUUACAAGAUCCUGUUAAUGAAGAUAUGCUGAGUGAGAGUCGGAAAAUGAUCACUAAUGAGAAAAUAAAUGCUUAUAAUGAAGCAGCUGUCCGUAUUUUGAACAGCAGCUCCCGAAAUUCAAAAGCUAAAGUUAAAGUGUUCAGUGUAUCAAAACUGAUAGCACAAGAAACUAUUAUGAAGUCUUCAGAUGGCUUGCAUCUGCCUGAAUCAAGCAGGGAUACGAAUGCAAUGAUUCUUAUGAAUGUCUACUGCAAUAAGAUAAUGAAACCCAUUGACGGCUCCUGCUGCCAGCCUCAGCCUCCUCUCACUCUGAUACAGAAAUUAGCUUUCUGUUUCUUUACUUUGUCCAUUGUUGGAUAUUUUGUUAUCAGUAUAAUUCAUCGGAAUAAUUAUCGAAAGAACAAAUCAUGCACUGAUUUGGAAAUUGGAGAGGAGAAGAAACCUACCAUCAGUACUCCUAAUGUUUCUACUUUAGAGAUGCUGUUACACUGUUUCUGCAAACUUGGUCUAAUCAUGACCUAUUUUUAUCUAUGUGACAGAGCAAAUCUUUUCAUGAAGGAAAAUAAAUUUUAUACACACUCAUCUUUCUUCAUACCGAUCGUCUAUAUCUUGGUUUUGGGGGUAUUUUAUACCGAAAAUACAAAAGAGACUAAGGUGUUAAACAGAGAACAGACUGAUGAAUGGAAGGGCUGGAUGCAGCUUGUUAUUUUGAUUUAUCAUAUCUCUGGAGCAAGCACUUUUUUGCCUGUAUACAUGCAUAUUCGAGUUCUGGUGGCUGCAUAUCUGUUCCAAACAGGUUAUGGGCACUUCUCAUAUUUUUGGAUAAAAGGGGACUUCGGUGUGUACAGAGUGUGUCAGGUAUUAUUUCGCCUCAAUUUCUUGGUCGUGGUACUGUGCAUAGUGAUGGACCGACCAUACCAGUUCUACUACUUUGUGCCACUUGUUACUGUCUGGUUUAUGAUCAUUUAUGCCACCUUGGCUAUGUGGCCUCAGAUAGUCCAGAAGAAAGCAAAUGGGAACUGCUUAUGGCACUUUGGUUUACUGCUUAAACUGAUUUGCUUACUGGCCUGUAUAUAUUUUCUGUCAUAUUCUCAGGGUGCAUUUGAGAAGGUAUUUUCUUUUUGGCCUCUGUCCAAGUGCUUUGAACUGAAUGGGAAUGUCUAUGAAUGGUGGUUUAGGUGGAAGUUGGAUCGUUAUGUGGUUUUUCAUGGAAUGCUGUUUGCUUUUAUUUAUCUGGCAUUGCAGAAGCAUCAGAUGAUUUCAGAAGGAAAGGGAGAUCCACUUUUCUCCAGCAGGGUUUCAAAUGUUUUAUUAUUUAUUUCAAUUGUAUCCUUUUUGACCUAUUCCAUUUGGGCUAGCAGCUGUAAGAACAAAGCAGAGUGCAAUGAACUGCAUCCUUCUGUUUCAGUGGUGCAGAUUUUAGCUUUCAUCCUCAUCAGGAACAUUCCUGGUUAUGUCCGUUCUGUAUAUAGCUCUUUUUUUGCCUGGUUUGGUAAAAUUUCUCUAGAGCUUUUCAUUUGCCAAUACCACAUCUGGCUGGCAGCAGACACGAAGGGGAUCUUGGUGCUCAUUCCUGGCUAUCCGAUGUUUAACGUUAUUGUCAGCACUUUCAUAUUUGUGUGUGUGGCACAUGAGAUUUCUCAGAUCACUAAUGAUCUAGCACAGAUUGUGGUUCCUAAAGAUAACUCAACUCUGCUGAAAAGGUUACUGUGCAUAGCUGGUUUUUUUUCUGGACUUCUCUUCUUCUCAGCAAUGCAAGAGCAGUCAAGGCAUUGAUUUGAAAGAGUUCUUGAAAACUUUCUUCAGGUUUGCUUUGUGUCUGCCUGAAUAAAAAUUCUCAACUGGAGGUACAAAAAGACAUUUACGUGAGGUGAGUGGAAGAUGUAAAUAGUGGGAAUGUACAUAUUUCGUGUGAAAAUAACCUUCUCCAAGAAACUGAGAAACAAGAAUGCACUGUACAGAACUGCAUGUGAAAACAGGUCUUUUUCUACUGGAUAUAUGUUUCUGUUUACAUAUCUGUAUAAAUGUGGCAAAACAAAGUGAAGUGAAAUGGAAUAGCAGUAUCAUGUGCAUAUCAUGGAAUGAUCUGUUCCUUGGGUCCAGUAAUGGAGGGUGGAUGCUACUGUACAACGUGUAGACAUAAUGCACGCUGUAGUCAUUCUUAUCAAGGAAUGAGAGGAGAGCAGAUUUGCACUCCUCUGUUAAUGGUCACUUUUAGCUGAUGUGAAACAUGAAGUUAUUUCUCUGGUAAAUCAGGGCAUUUUUCUAAACAAAGUGGUAAUUUGUUUAGGUGAAGAUAGUAUCUGUCAUGUGAAACCCUUUAUACACAGAAAUAAAAAGUCAGCACCACUUCAGUGACUUAAGAUGAUAUACAAGUUUACAAAACAUUUUGUGUGGUUUUUAAGACAUUUCCAAGAAGUAUGGUGAAUUAUGAGGUGAAAUCUUGUUAAAUAUAUAGCAUUGUUUUUUUCUCCCCUAAAGCUGUUUGCUUUGUUGUAAGUUUUCCACUAAUUCAUGUAAUUACGUGCAGUUCUUUCUGUACAGUCCCUAUGUUGAAGCUAUUGGAAAAAUACUGAGCUAUUUCUUCAUUGUGUGCGUUAUUUCCAAUGUUUGGAAAGUUAUCCUCCUUAAUGAGAACGUGAAUCACUGAAAGAUGUGGUAAAGGUCAACACUGGUGGCCGGGAUGCAUUGAUUGCCAUCUGUGCCAGUAUUAGCGGUCACGGAGAGCUUUGAACUUGAGGGGAUAAUUUUUGUUUCGUUCUUCACAAGCUGAGUAUUGUAGAUAUAAUUUUAUUUAUCUGUUGUACAGAUUUGGUUAAAAGAUUUAUUUUUAAUGUUUGAAAUAAUGCACUUGUUUACUAUUACUGUAUGUGGGAUAAAUAUAUUUUCUUUUCAUGUUACAUAUAUGAAGUAAUUUAAAUAUUAAAUAAAUGUGCUGUGGAUGCUUAUUUUUGUAAUGGGAACAGCAGCGAUUAAGUAGAAGUUUUUUUAUUGCCUGACUCUAGCUGGGCUGCAGCUCACUACCACACCUGUUGUAAGUUGAUGAUUAGUAUUGCAGAAUUUCUCUGAAGUGAUAUUCUGGACACUGUUGCUGCAAAUUAAGAUGUCCACUUGCAUAGCUGCAUGUCUGCUUGACCCUGAGUGUAACACUGGGGCUAAAGAAGCCCUCCCCUGUGGCACGGUCCUUGCAGAGCACACGGCUGGAGUUACAGCUUCAGCAGCCAGAAUCACUGCCAUGUGUGGGCGAUGUUCCAAGGUACCAUUGCUGGGGAGAGAGAGAAUGCAAUCCCCUGUGGGCUAUAAACCAGAAACUGUGGCAGAUUUCUGCAUGACUUACCUUCAGUAAGAUCAAGAAAUCCAUCCUUACGGUUUAUUUGGUUUAAGGAAUUUAGCUUGAUGUAGCUGCUCAGGUCCCAUACUAAGUAGUUAAUAUGAAGAGGGGGCUGCUCAAAUAAAGGAUUCAGAGCAUGCGUUCUUCUCUCCCCAAGUGUGCAGGGAGGUGUGGGGCUGAACACAGUGGUGCAAAUCCUCUUCCAUCCUUCUCCCUGUUAAACAGAAACCCUGUGCAGUUGGCACCAUUUCUUUCUUUAAUUCUGAAGCACUGCCAUCUGACAUCACCAUCAGUAACUGUAAAAAAGAGUUGUUCAGGCAUCAUUAUGUAAUAAACAAGCAACGACAUUGCUACUUAAUAGUUGUCUUAUUUAUUAGAUUUUACACUUCAUAUAUUUACAGAGACACCUGUAGUGCUUUUUACUUGAUUAUAGACAAUCUGGUUACAAUAUCAGUUGUACUGUCAUUGUACAUUGCUAAAAGAGGCUGUAACUUUGCCAUUCCAUCUAUCACCAGUUUUAACUAUUACUAAUUCUUUAACCUGAAGUGUCUUCGGUCAGCUUUAUAUAUCUGUGCUUCUGUGGUAAUUAUUUUAAUAAGUAAAAAUAAAUCAUUUCUUAUUAAACUUACCUCAGCUGCCUGAAGAUUUCAAUCAUAAAACAGUUCAGGAGUGCUUAACACCCGUCAGCUACAUCAUCAGUUUUGUUCAGAGGACAUGCAGCACCCGCUGCUACCAUCUGAUUCUUUGUGCAUAUAUGUAACGGAUUAAGAGAGUUCCUUAAAUAAAUUGGCCCUCCUGUGUCUUAAUAUAAAUAAAAUGGGAGCAGCUCAAUUGGUAUUUCAGUGAUUGUCAUGUCGUCCUAAGGUUAUCAGAGAUGAUUGCGAUCUGAGUUCAACACUAUUUACAAAAUGUGGUCUUUAGGUGAAUAACAAAUCAUUAUUUAAAAUCUGUUCCAUUCAUUUCUGUUUCAGAGCACUGACAGCUCAUACAUUUGAGAUUAGCAACAGAAACCCAAAGGCUGAUUUUAUUCAACUUUUUGCAGUGUGGCGGAAAAAAAAAAAAGGUACACUUUAAAUUUAGCAUACAUCUCAGUGUUCAUUAUCUGGUCUUUAAUUCACUUUUCCCUGAUAGCCAUCUGUGCUGCUGGGAAAGCAGUGUUCUCAUAGGAGGCUGUGUGAUGAAAUCUCCCGUAGUACAUUUUGAUUGAGGUAGGAGUGAGGCAUGCCAUUUGGAAAGCAAGUAGGAAUGGCUCUUUAUUUCACCUGUUGCACAAACUGACUUGGUUUUUCAGCUUAGAUAAUAUCUUGAGCCAUCUUUUGUAGUAUAACCACUGCCAGUAAUCCUGUGGCUAGAUGAGCUUGCUGGCAUUUAGGGCAGCUCUGCAAACUAUGGGCAUUGAGGCUGGACAACACGGGUACAGACAGCACGUUGGUUUGGUCCUGUUCACAGUGCAAAUGGGAUGUGCUCACCCAUCCUGUCCUGAGCACCAGUUAUAGAUACAGCUGCAGCUGUUACACUUGUUGCAUGAAAUGUGUCUAGAAAGUAUCUCAGGACUUCCUUAAUUAUUUGCCAAGACCUUGCACUGAAGUCCAUGCCUUAAAAAGGAGUGGCCUUUCUCAAACACGUUUACUGUUUUCAAAGAAGUGUCAUGAGAAGGGGAAAAAAAGCCAGAGACUUCAGUCUUUCUACAAUCAAUCAAGAUAAUGAUUUUAAAGUCUUUUCUUAGGCUUGGUCUUGAGUCUUUAAGUGGUCACAGUUUCUUUUGGGAGAGACCUGGAAAACCUUGGUUACAGAAAUACAGGCAAAAUACAGCAAUUUUAAAACAGAUUUAAGCUUUUUGCUUAAAAUACCAUGUUUCCAUGAGCAUAAAGCCUCUGAAAGAGAAAUGCUACAGAAAAUAUUACACAACCAAAGCAAAGUGUCAGCUUUAAACAGUGACACUUUGAGAGACAACCGCGCACAGCUGGACGGAGACCCUUCCAUCCUGUGUUCCACUCUGAUGCUUUAGAAAAGCAUCAGUAAAAAGUGCAAAAAAUGCCACUUGAGAUCAGUGACCACCAUCAUUCAAAAAAUAGGGAAGCCUCCAUUCAGAUCCCUACCGUUAGCAAGUUCCUACUGUUAAGCAUCCUGUUCCGUAGACAAAUGCAUCUCAAAAGUACCGACCUCCCAGGAAAUGCUGUACACAGUCUGCUCCUUAUAAAACAAACAGCUACAGUAGAAUCCCCAGAGUAUGGGAUGGGAUGGCCAAUUCUCUCACUUUUCUUUUUGCUCCAGACAACAAGGAUGUAAAAGAUGGAUCACAUUGGGAACACCACCAAAAGCUUUUAAAGAACAUUUUUAAAGGCUUAAAGGUAAGCACACACAUGCCAAAUAAAAUGCACCCUCCUUUAUUUGGAGACACUAAUUUUUGCCUGCAGUGCUUUGUAAGAGUUUCCUCUAAAAUAAGCUGGUGAAUGAAUGGACAGAUUUUAAAUUUUAUUGCUUAGAAGUCAUCACAUGUUAAAAUAUCUGUAAAGUAACAAAUCCAAUUUUCAGCAUAAGUAGUUAAGAUUUGGGGUCAUUUUGUUGUUGUUUGAUUUGCCCUCAAAAAUAACUUACUACAUUCUGACCAUCUCUAUGAAAUGAACAGCUAAUAAAUCUGGAUGCUAUUCAUGCUAUUUCCGAGCCUCACAUUGCACCAGUUUCCAUGCUUAUACAGCCUUUUGGUGUGCAGAU